AUAAAGAGUAAUUAGAAAAAAGCAAAGGAAAAUAGGAAAAAAGAGAAAUUUUUGCAAAAAAAAAAGAAAGAGAAGAAAAUGAGAAACAGGAAGGGGGUUUUAGUGGGUAGUCCAAGGAAAAAAAUCGCAGCUGAAUUCUGAAAAACGGGAAACAGCGGCAAAGAAAAACAACCUUGGAAGUCCCACACAACCCAGAAAAACGAGAAACGUGACGGGUGUGCGUAAAUGCAUACGCACACCCUCUACCCAGAAAAAAAGAUAUUAGCCAGGGAAAAAAGUUAGUUUGUUUAUAAGCUCAAAAUUUUCAAAAAAUUCUAAAGGGGUAAGACUAAAAAAAUGGAACUUUUUCAAUUUUUUAUUGUUUAGGAAAAUACGUAAAAAAUUCCCGAGAAUAUGUAAAAAAAUCAGCGCUUAUAUGAGGGCUUUUCUAUAGACGCGACAUUUAAUCAAAGUUUUCAAUUUUUGUAAAUUAACAAAUUGAUUGUGCGAAAACUAUUCGACGGAUCACGAGCGGGUUUGGAAUACAAGUUAAGAAUAGUUUGAACUUUCCUAAUCUACAUUUUCAUUAAUAACAACUAAUGAUUAGCUUGAUUGCCAAGCGCUUAAAAAAAGGCUACACUUUAAUCAGUUUUUUAUAUUUUGCAAUGCAAAUUUUUAAUUUAAAAAUGCACUUUCCUUGUAGAAAACAUCAAGAUAAACAAAAAAUAUUCUGUACAAUUUUUUCGUCAGAAGCUUCGUUUUCAAGUUACAACGAGAAAUUCGAGCAAAAACGGGCCAUUUUUCGCGAUUUUUUCAAACUUGUGCAAUUUAAAAAUAUUUCCCAUGGUUUUUGGCUUGACGCACGUCAAUAUUCUUAUUAUGUAUGUUAUUCAGGACUGAUCUGUGAAAGAAAAUUUUACAUCAAACCAAGUCCAUACCAUCUGCUCCCACGACUGGACUAAAGUAACAGUGAUUAUGGAUGUAGGUGAUUAUAACGAAAAAAUAACGAAUAUCUUGAAUGACAAAUCGACUUACAAAGCUUUAAAGAAGGACCCGUUAAAAACGCUCACAACAAAGAUUGGAUAAAAUGAAACGAACAAUGAGAAAUAUAAAGCAGCCAACGCGUUUUGCAGAUAUGGUUCCAUUUGAUACCUCCUCAUCUGAGAACGAGCCACCUAUCAAUCGAAGGCGUUUGUUAAAUGAUUCAAGAUCUAUUAAAGAUGAUAUUGAACAAUUCAAAUCAACAUUGACUAUUCGUUCUAAAAAAGAACGACCGAAACAAGAUAAACAUGUCCGAAACACAUUCACGUCAAAACACUGUUUCUCACAACCUUUACUAAAAAAGAAUACCUUCUCUCAUAAGAAAUUUCCUUUAACUAAUAAAUCAUUUUCACAAGAGAACCAUUCUCUAAUUUCACAUUCUCCAUCUGUCUGUGAUGAAUGUAGAGUCACGCAAUAAACGCUCUGUGCAUCCACAUUCAUCACCAAAUCGUACUACUACCCAUAUAGAUGUUCACAGGAACCGUUCUGUAACUCCACAUUCUCUAUCUAGCCAUACUACUCAUGUAAAUUCUCGCAGUAAGCGCUUUCUAAGUCUACAUUCAUCACCCAAUUGCAUUACUCAGAUAGAUUAUCACACCAAUCGCUCAGUGACUCCACAUUCUUCACCUGCCCGCACUUCCCAACUAGAUUCUUAUAGUAAACGCUCUUUGAAUUCACAUUCAUCACAGGACCGCAUUGCCCAAAUAGAUUCUCAAAGCAGUUGCUCAGAAACUCAACAUUCGUCAACAAACCGUAUUGCUUAUGCAGAUGAGUUUCACAUUAACCGCUCUCCCUUUCUUUUAUUUGUUCAACGUAAACACCAAACAUCACACUAUUACUCUAAUAAGCAUUCCACUCAUUCAUCUGUACAAACAAAACAUAUAAGUGAUUUAGACUCUCACCAUAAUCACAAACGAUCUAUUUGUCAUGACAAAUUCUCUGCACACGACCACAAGUUAUGCGGAAGUGAUUUAAAAACUUGUAUCCACAAAAAUACGAACAAUAUUUCACGUCAGUUACAAUGUACAAUGUCAUCAAAAAAUUCAUUAAACAAUGAUCUGUCUCUAAUUCGAAGCGAUAUUUGAUAUGAAGAAUAUAUAAGUUUGAAGAUAUACAUACAUACAUACAUACAUACAUACAUACAUACAUACAUACAUACAUACAUACAUACAUACUGUAACCGCCGCUCACGAGCGACGGCCAACUUCGCCUCCGUCCCUGGUCGCGGCCCUAAGCCGCCCGGGUGUCGGGGCGACUAUCCUCGCGAGGUUUUCCGACGUUACUCUAAGUUGGGCGCCAGGUACGUUAAGCGUACCACUCUGUAUUCACCAACUCGCAAACAAAUGUGAGGAUACUCGACUUUCGGGAGAGACGGGCGCACGUCAGGCGACCGGGACGUUAGCGGCUCCGAGAUCCAGCUGCUCAGCCCUCAAAUGGCAGAGGGGGAGGUUCGGUGCGG